AUGGCUGUGCCUGUUCAGAGGGUUGUUGCAAAGGUUGAAAGAAUCGAUAUGUAUGGAGGACUUAGAUCAAACUUAGAUUUACUCAACAGACCCUAUCAACAGGCUCGGUCCUGUGUUGGCACAGCCCAAGGAAAUCAGCGAGAACUUGCCCGCCAGAAAAACAUGAAGAAAUCCCAGGAAAUUAGCAAGGGAAAAAGAAAAAAGGAUAGCUUGACCACCUCUCAGGGAAAGCAGAGGGACUCUGAGAUAAUGCAACAAAAGCAGAAGGCAGCUAAUGAGAAGUCUAUGCAGACAAGAGAAAAAUGA